CAAGCUGGGCGGCACUUGUGUGAAUGUCGGAUGUGUACCCAAAAAGGUGUAUAAUCAACAGUAAACCCCCUUCCUGGUGGCCACAGGAUGGCUCCUGGAGCUCCAGGCAGGCUGUCCUCACUCAGCACUGUUUCUACAGGUUGCUUCAGGUUCUCCUGGCCAGGACCAAGCUACCCCUGCAGGGGAAUCUGGGGGAGGGAGGGAAACAGGGGCUGCUGGAGAGAUAACCACAGAAAUAUUAGCUCCUGGACAAUAAUUGCAUCAUGCGUGCAAAAGAAAUCCAUCCUGGACAUUCGCCAUGUGGUAAUGUGGAACACAGCCGUGCACUCCGAAUUCAUACAUGACCAUGUUGAUUAUGGCUUUCAAAGUUGUGAUAGUAAAUUCAAUUGGCGUGUUAUAAAGGAAAAACGGGAUGCCUAUGUGAGCCGCCUGAACACCAUCUAUCAAAAUAAUCUCACCAAGUCCCAUAUAGAAACCAUCUAUGGCCAUGCAGCAUUCACGUGUGAUCCCAAGCCCACAGUAGAGGUCAAUGGGAAAAAAUACACUGCUCCUCACAUCCUGAUUGCAACAGGUGGUGUGCCCUCACGUCCUCAGGAGAGCCAGAUCCCCGGUGCCGGCCUAGGAAUAACCAGUGAUGGAUUUUUUCAACUGGAAGAAUUGCCUAGCCACAGUGUCAUUGUCGGUGCAGGUUACAUUGCUGUGGAGAUAGCGGGCAUCCUUUCAGCUCUGGGUUCUAAGACAUCACUCAUGAUACGGCAUGAUAAGGUACUUAGAAAUUUUGAUUCAUUAAUCAGUUCCAACUGCACUGAGGAGCUGGAGAAUGCUGGCAUCAACGUCCUGAAGCACUCACAGGUCAAGGAAGUUAAAAAGACAUCCUCAGGCUUGGAACUUUGUGUGGUUACUUCAGUGCCUGGUAGGAAGCCCACCGUAACCACAAUUCCAGAUGUUGACUGCCUGCUCUGGGCCAUUGGAAGGGACCCAAAUUCCAGGGCCCUGAAUUUAAACAAACUGGGGAUUCAGACUGACAACAAAGGUCAUAUCAUCGUGGAUGAAUUCCAGAAUACUAACGUGAAAGGCAUCUACGCAGUUGGGGAUGUGUGUGGAAAAGCUCUCCUUACUCCAGUCGCCAUAGCUGCUGGCCGAAAACUUGCCCAUAGACUUUUUGAACGCAAAGCAGAUUCUAAAUUAGACUAUGACAACAUCCCCACGGUGGUCUUCAGCCACCCCCCUAUUGGGACAGUGGGACUCACCGAAGAUGAGGCCAUUUCUAAAUACGGAAAAGAAAAUGUGAAGACCUAUUCAACCACAUUUACCCCGAUGUAUCAUGCAGUUACCAAAAGGAAAACGAAAUGUGUGAUGAAAAUGGUCUGUGCUAACAAAGAAGAGAAGGUUGUUGGGAUCCACAUGCAAGGGAUUGGGUGUGAUGAAAUGCUGCAGGGUUUUGCUGUUGCAGUAAAAAUGGGAGCCACAAAAGCUGACUUUGACAACACAGUUGCCAUUCACCCUACCUCUUCGGAAGAACUGGUCACACUUCGUUGAGAACUCAGAGACUCAUGGCUGGCAGCUGGACCAGUAGACCUUCUGAAAUGAACCAAAUAAUCACAUUUACUUAACUGUUCACAUUUUAUGUAUUUCUUUAUUGUAAUCAGAUCUUGCAAUACUGGAAAUUUUUUGUUUUCCAGGAUUGAUUUUCACGUGAUUGUAUCUUGUAAUAAUUAAUACUUUAACUUUUUUUUUAUUAACAGCUCUGUGCUAGGUGGUUGUUUUGUUUUUGUUUCAGCCUUGUUUCACGUGUAUAACUAUAUGAAAUAUAAUUAAAUUCAUGUACUGGAAUAAGUAUAUCUUGCUACUUUUUAUAGAGGAAGAUGACAAUAGCUGUGCACAUUUAAAUAAUGAAUGCAUAGAAUUUGUUUAUUUUGUUUAUUUUUUUUUCAAAGUCAGUACUGUGCUCUGCAUAUUACAAAGCUGCUUCAAGGAUGUGACCUUUUUCUAAAAACAUAUGACACAAGAGGCCUGCCUCUUAUUUUAUUCUUUCUUUUGUUUUAAGCAAUUAAAAAUUAUUUGUGUUACUUUUAUGAGAUGAAGUACAUUAAACUGGGAAAGAUUAGAGAAGGCUGGUUAUUCCUGAGUCCCUUCUGCUAAGAGUUCAUAGUUCAAUGAAUCAAUGAAUGAUUUUAGUUUUUGUGUGUUCUUGUCAUUUUAUUUUUUGUGAAAACUAUUUUCAAAAGUUUA